CAGAUACAAUUUUGGCAUCAUGAAUACUGAUCAACGAUAAUUUAGAUAUUUAAAACUAACUAAAUUAAAAUAAUUUUAAGCUAUUUAAAUAAUUCUAACCACGUACCAAACGAAAACCCUAACCAAUCAAUUCAUCCAAUGUUUGUAUGAAUGAGCGAGAGGGCUGGGCCGGCCCAAACAAAUAAGAAAAGGCAAUGGGCUAAAGCGAAGAGAGUUGGGUUUAGCUGAAGCGAUGAAGUCCAGUCGCGCCUCUCUCUCCUCCAUACUCCAACCCGUCUUCUCGCUCCGGCGACCCGCCUUCUGCUCCGCCGCGGCCGCGCCACCCAAGCCCCGGACCCCCCUCCACCUCCGCCCCCCUGCCUUCCGCGCCACUCUAUCAGACCUCAAUCGAUGGCACGCGUGGGCCAAAACCCAGGCCUCCUCCGUGGGCUCCACAUUCUCCGCCCUCGACGGCGGCCCGGACUCCUCCCUCCUCCUCCGCGAGCUCAAUUGGCUGGUCGAGGACGCCGUCGAGCACCCCGCCCUACUCUCGACGGAAAGCAAUGCCGCGGCGGAGGUAGCAAUUAGGGCACAAUUGGAGGAAAUGUACGAGCUGUGGAGGCAGAGGAUCGAGGAGAGGCGGCCGUUUCAGUACGUGGUCGGGUGCGAGCACUGGCGCGAUCUCGUUCUCAGCGUCGAGGAAGGCGUUCUCAUCCCCCGCCCCGAGACUGAGACCAUCGUCGAUCUCGUCGACCGCGCCGUGAAGUCCGAUUCCGAAUUGGGGGAGGGUUUGUGGGCGGAUUUGGGGACAGGCAGCGGCGCGCUCGCAAUUGCGGUGGCUAGGGUUUUGGGCGGCGGAGGGAGGGUUUUGGCGGUGGAUCUGAGCCCCGUGGCUGCCGCCGUGGCGCGGUACAAUGUGGAGAGAUACUGCCUUCAGGGGAGAGUGAGUGUGAGAUUGGGAUCGUGGUUUGAUCCUCUCAAGGAUGUGGAAGGGGAAUUGGAUGGAGUGGUUAGCAAUCCGCCAUAUAUUCCCAGCAAAGACAUUCAUUCUCUGCAAGCAGAGGUCUCUAGACACGAACCGGUACUUGCUCUUGACGGUGGAGCUGAUGGAAUGGAUGACCUUUUCCACCUCUGCAAUGGAGCAGCUUCCAUGCUCAAACCUCGUGGAUUUUUCUCAUUUGAGACAAAUGGUGAGAGGCAGAGCAAACUUCUUGUGGAGUACUUGCAAAAUGAGAUGAAAGGAAGCUUCUGCAGAUUAGAGAUUGUAUCUGAUUUUGCUGGAAUCCAAAGAUUUGUCACCGGAUAUAAAGCUUAGGAGUUGGAGGGAAGGAACAGGACACCCGGGAUUAGAACGGUAGUCGACAGCUUCACCAAAUAAUAGAGCUUAAGAGCCCGGCUGCAGAGUUGCAAAGAUAGAGAGGAUAGACUAGGGACAAGAAGUUUGGACUUCAUUCAUUGAUUCAUUUAGCGUAGAAGAGUAUUACAUUGCUAUUUAUAGAGGAAUAUUGAUAGCUAUCCAACCUAGAUCAGAUUAACCACCUCCCUAACUAACUAAAUAACUACUCUUCUAACUGCAGCUGGUAGCUUUUCAAUAGCUAAUUACCUGCACUCUUCAUUUACAUGUAUCAUUUUUCUUUCAA